AUGGCGGCUGCAGCCGCGCUCCGCUGCUGCUUCCCCGGCUCAGCAAUCGGUAGUGGCUUCGUCAGGUCCUCUUCCUCAAGGCGGGGCCGAAGCGCAGCGGCCGUAGCGGCGCCGUCGCGGGAGGCAGAUCCGGCCGCUUCGCUAGGGGACCGUACCCGCGUCGACUUCCCCAUCCUCCACCAGGAAUUUGAUGGUGCCAAAUUAGUUUACUUUGACAAUGGUGCAACAUCACAGAAACCUUUUAGUGUAAUGAAAACAUUAGAUGAGUACUACCGAUCGUACAAUUCAAAUGUGCAUCGUGGUAUUCAUGCACUCAGCGCAAAGGCUACCGAUGCAUAUGAAGGUGCCAGAAGAAAAGUUGCAAGUUUCGUCAAUGCAGCUGAUAGCAGAGAGAUAGUUUUCACUCGUAAUGCUACAGAAGCUAUCAAUUUGGUAGCAUAUUCAUGGGGCCUAUCUAAUAUAAAACAAGGAGAUGAGAUUGUUCUUACAGUUGCGGAGCAUCAUAGUGCCAUUGUUCCAUGGCAAUUUGUUUCCCAGAAGACUGGUGCCACUUUAAAGUAUGUUGGGCUGACUAAAGAAGAGGUUCCGGACAUUGAACAGUUAAAAGCUCUUCUUUCAAACAAGACAAAGAUAGUUGUUGUCCAUCAUGUCUCAAAUGUACUUGGUUCAAUGCUUCCUAUUGAGGACAUUGUAACAUGGUCAAAAAGAGUUGGAGCUAAGGUUCUUGUAGAUGCUUGUCAAAGUGUUCCCCACAUGCCAGUUGAUGUUCAGAAGCUUGGUGCAGAUUUUCUUGUAGCAUCGUCACAUAAGAUGUGUGGCCCUACAGGCGUUGGAUUUAUGCACAGCACAUUUGAGAUGUUGUCAUCUAUGGAGCCUUUCUUAGGUGGUGGGGAAAUGAUUGCAGACGUGUUCAAAGACAAAUCCACAUAUGCUGAACCUCCCUCUAGAUUUGAGGCUGGAACUCCUGCAAUUGGAGAAACUAUAGGAUUGGGAGCAGCAAUUGACUAUUUAUCAUGCAUUGGCAUGGAGCAGAUCCAUGAAUAUGAGAAAGAGUUGGGGACAUAUCUCUAUGAAAGCCUUCUAUCUGUUCCAAAUGUCCGAAUAUAUGGUCCGGCACCUUCCCAAACUGAUCACCGUGCUCCUUUAUGCUCUUUCAAUAUUGAGAAUGUUCAUCCUACAGACAUUGCAGAAAUUCUUGAUCUCCAGCAUGGCGUAGCAAUUCGAUCAGGGCAUCAUUGUGCACAGAUUUUGCAUAGGACCCUUGGUAUCAAUGCAAGUGCUCGUGCAAGUCUUCACUUUUACAAUACAAAAGAUGAGGUGGAUGUCUUCAUCCAUGGGCUUAAGGCCACUGUAGACUUCCUUACGUCUGAACACUAG